AUGUCCCCCUUCAGGCCCAUCCCCCGCUCCCUCAGGGGCAUCUCCCCCCUCAGGCACUCUGCCACCUUCACCCCCAACCGCCUCCUCUCCACCCGUCCCUCGCCGUCCACCCACAGCUCUGGCCGCGGGGGCAACCGACGCUACCUCCCCUACGCCCUUCUCCCUGCUGGCCUCUUACUCUUGCCUGCCGCCACCCUCGCCUGCGAUCCCGACCCCUCCACCCGACCUCCCCCGUCCUCCCUCUCCUCCGCCUCUACCUUCCAGCUCUUCAAAGCCUGGUUCGUCUGGACCCUCAUCUGCACACCGGGCAUGGUCGACUACUCGCCCGCCAUCCUCGACUUUUUCUUCAAAACACCCCUCAAAGCCCCCGUCGAGUGGUUUGUGCGAAACACCUUUUUCGAGCAGUUUGUGCCUGGCGAGAGUGUCGCAGAGUGUAUGCCUGCGCUGCACGCGAUGAGGGAGAGGAAUGUCGGUGCGAUGCUCAACUAUUCUGCCGAGGUCGACGAGUCGCAGUUGAAGGGCAGCGGCCCUGAUCGCGAGGCGCAAGACAGGGCUGAGCGUGAGAAAAAGCUCGGUCAGAUUUUGCUCGCGUUGGAUGUCGCUGGAGAGUACGAGAGGAGCUUGCCUAUCGAGCAGCGCGGUGUCACUGGGUUCGCCCUCAAGAUCACUGGUUUGGUGGACUGCAACAUUCUCGAACGCGCCUCCUACUCUCUCCUCCGUCUCCGCCCCCUCACCAAAUCCAACUCUGCCACCUCGCCCAACUCUGCCACUUUCGUCCCUUACCCCGGUACACCCCAGUCUGCCGAUGCGCAGAUCGUCGCUCGAUCCUCCAUCGCGGGCGAGCGAGGCCUCGGUAAAGGCUUGGAGCUUCUCGCUCUGGGGGGCAAGUUGGAUGAGAUGGGUGUGCUGGAGAGCGACCAUGGAUUGCGAGAGGGCGAUAUGGAGGAGCUUAAUGAGCUUUGGGGCAAGUUGAAGAUCAUUGGUAACAAGGCCAAGGAAGUCAAUGUCAACUUGUUUGUGGACGCCGAGCAUACUUGGUACCAGCCCGCUCUUGACGCGUACACCCUGUUGCUGUCGCAAGAGUUCAACAGACCGCCCGUCAAGAAGGACGACACCUGGACCGGUCCUCUCAUCUUCGGUACAUACCAAUCCUACCUCACCCGCCAACCAUCUCACCUCAUCCACGCCCUCGUCCACGCCGACGCCCACGGCUACGCCCUCGGUAUCAAACUCGUCCGCGGCGCCUACUUUAUGCAGGAACGCCAGAAAUGGCUGGACGAAGGCCGACAUGGUGCCGACCCCAUCUGGCCCGACAAGCCUGCUACCGACAUGGCUUACGACGGGUCCAUUGCGACCAUCAUGUCGACUAUGAAGGAACAGUUGGACAGCCAGCACCCCGAGCGAGCGUUGAGUGUCGUGUUUGGCACGCACAACUCGGAGAGCUGUGAUCUCGUGUGUGACGGGUUGGUUAAGAAUGGGCUUGCGUUUGCCGACCCAAUUCGGCACAUGCUCCACCUUCGCCCGGACGUGCGGGGCAAGAUCCGUGUGGCUCAGCUGUACGGUAUGAAGGACGACCUCACGGACAGGAUGUCUUCGAGGUUUGUGAAUGACGGCAAGCCCGUGGCGCUCAAGUAUAUUGCGUAUGGCAAGUUGGACGAGGUGAUGCCUUAUUUGGGACGAAGGGCGAUUGAGAAUAAGAGCUUGAUGGGUGGGGACCAUGGGAGUGGGGCGGAGAGGAAGAGGGUUGGAGCAGAGUUGAGGAAGAGGAUUUUCGGUUAG